AACAUAACCUAACUUCAGGAAUAAAAACGUUUGACAGUUUAAUAACCAAACAAAUGACAAAGUAAUACAUUACAUCCUUUUUCUAUGCAUUACAUUAAAACCUUGUUUUUAAACAAGACAAUAUAAUGGCAAGUGCUCCGCAAAACUUACCUGUAUCGGAGAUUCUCAAAUCCAAAGCAGAAUUUGAGGAUGAACCUAAGAAAAAGUCGAGGGAAGAUUGGAGGAAAGCAAAAGAGUUAGAAGAAGCACGUAAAGCAGGUACAGCCCCAGCUGCUGUCGAUGAAGAAGGUAAAGAUAUUAAUCCGCAUAUACCACAGUACAUUUCAUCAGCACCAUGGUAUUAUGGAACUAGUGGGCCUACGCUAAAACAUCAGAGACCUCAGGAAGAGAAACAAAAACAAUUCAGUAAGAUUGAUGAAUGGUAUAGCAGAGGAGUCGAUAAUAGUAAAAUAGUGACAAAAUAUAGAAAAGGAGCAUGUGAGAACUGUGGGGCUUUAACCCACAUAAGAAGAGACUGUAUGGAAAGACCCAGGAAAGUGGGUGCAAAAUAUUCUGGAGCAAAUAUAGCUGCAGACGAGUUUGUACAAAAAAAUCUAGCCUUAAGUUUUGAUGGUAAACGAGAUAGAUGGAGUGGAUAUGACCCAUCAGAGCACAAAGCUGUAAUAGAAGAAUUCCAAAAAGUUGAAGAAGCCAAAAGACAAUUAAAAGCUGACAAAUUGGAUGCUAAUGAAGAUAGUGAGGAAGAAGGUGAAAAAGAUGAGGAUAAAUAUGUGGAUGAAGUUGAUAUGCCUGGUACUAAAGUAGAUAGUAAGCAAAGGAUUACUGUAAGAAAUUUAAGGAUAAGGGAAGAUACAGCCAAAUAUUUAAGGAAUUUAGAUCCAAAUUCAGCUUACUAUGACCCUAAAACAAGAUCUAUGAGAGAAAAUCCAAAUCCAAGUAAGGAUGAUCCUUACUCUGGUGAAAAUUUUGUGAGAUUCACUGGAGAUACAACGAAACAUUUAAAUGCACAGUUGUUUGCAUGGGAUGCUUACGAAAAAGGUGUUGAUGUACACUUACUAGCAGAACCCACAAAAUUGGAGCUUUUACAAAAAGAAUAUGAACAGAAGAAAGAACAAUUUAAAGGCAAAAUUCAAAACAACAUCCUGGAAAAAUAUGGAGGUGAAGAACACUUGGAUGCACCUCCAAAAACAUUACUUUUAGCUCAAACAGAAGACUAUGUUGAAUACUCAAGAUCAGGAAAAAUUGUUAAGGGACAGGAAAAAGAAAUCAUAAAAUCCAAAUAUGAAGAGGAUGUUUACAUUAACAACCACACAUCUGUAUGGGGUUCAUUUUGGAAAGGUGGUCAUUGGGGUUAUAAAUGUUGCCAUUCCUUCAUAAAAAAUUCAUAUUGCCUUGGAGAAAAUGGUAAAAAUAAAAAUUCAACAGAAUCAAUACCUUUGGUUGAAGAAUCAACUAAAGAUGAAGAAGAAAAAGAAGAAUCCCCAGAAGAAAAGGAAGCAAGUUCAAGUAAUGAAGAAGAUUCAAAAUUAAAGAAAGAAAAGAGGAAAAAGAAAAAGGACAAGAAGAAGAAACAAAAGGAGAAAAAGCAAAAUAAAAAAAAGGAUUUGCUUAAAGAGGCUGUAAAGGCUGAAGAACAAAGCCAAGAAAAUGCUGAUAGGUUAUUGGCAAUUGAUGAAAGAAAGAGACCUUAUAACAGUAUGUUUGAAGCUAAAAAACCUACUGAGGAGGAAAUUGAAGCUUACUACUUGAAAAGAAGACGAGAGGAAGAUCCAAUGAAUCAAUUUAUGUAAUAUAAUUAUCAUAAAUUAUAAAUGUUAAAUCAGUUUUUAUUUUAA